UUUCAAUUUUCGCGCCAUUUUUCAAUUUUUUCAAUUUUUUUCCCUCUUUUUUUUUUUUUUUUGUUUCCCAACUUGUUUUCUUUCAACCAUCAACCAAAAGUUGACAUUCCCCGAAACGAUGGCCAAGCGCGGAGCACCUUCAUCAUCAUCCUCGAGCUCGAGUGCGCCUGCGGUCGCGAGCAACGCCGGCGUGAUGGCUGCAAUGCCGUUUGCGAUGAACGCCGGCUACACCAACCUCAACGCGUACCAGGCUGCGAUUCUGGCGCAGCAGCAGCAGCAGCUCCAGCACCAGCACCAGCAGCUCCACCAGCACCAGCAGGCGCAGCAGCAGGCGCAGCAGCAGGCGCAGCAGCAGCAGCAGCUCCAGCACCAGCAUGCCGCCUCGCUGCAGGCCCACCAGGCUCACCAGGCUCACCACGCCCAGGCCCACCAUCACCAGGCCCAGCUCCAGGCUCAGGCCGCCGCGCUCCAGGCUCAGGCCGGACAGCAGGUCAAGCGAGGCCGAGGCCGCCCGCGCAAGAUCAUUGAUCCGAACGCGCCCAAGACCGCGGCGUCGACCAAGACCACCAAGGAUGGGAAGCCUGCAAAGCCCAAGCCACCGCCGAUCUAUGGCCCGGACGGCGUCGAGAUCAAGCGUGGACGAGGCAGGCCGCGCAAGGACGACUCGCAGAAUGGAGCGUCGGCGCCGGUCGUCCACCUCAAUCCGGACGGCACCAAGCGAGGCCGCGGGCGCCCGCACAAGGACGGAUCGGCUGCUCAGCCGUCGUCAGCCGCGAGUGGAUCCAGCAAGCCCGCUGCGGCCACGAGCGCCAAGGGUAUGGCUGCGUUGGCUUCGUCCAGUGCCUCGGCUGCCGCCACCGCUGCCGCUCUGGCUGCCGCGGCUGCUGCCAUCAACGGAUCGGGCAAGGGCCCCGCCGCGCUGAACGCCAAGAAGGGCUCGGCUGCUGCUGCUGCCGCUGCGGCGGCUGCGGCUGCUGCGGUAGUUGCUGCCUCUGAGAAGAAGGGCCGCGGCCGCCCAAAGAAAAACCCGGGCGCCCUGACGGACAACGCCAAGGCCGCUCCCGCUGGCAAGGCUGCAAAGCUCUCGGCCGCUGAUGCUGCGCUUGCCGCCGCUGCUGCCGCCAAGGCCGCCAAGCUUGCGCCCAAGUCCAAGGCCGCUGCUGCCGAAGCUUCGAAAGCGGCUGCUGCUGCUGCUGCCGCCGCCGCCGCUGCCCUUGCCUCCAAAAAGCCCGCCAAGCCUGCCUCGAAGGGCGCUGCUGGCUCUACCCAGGCUGCUGCUGCCGCCGCUGCUGCCCGUCCCAAGAAGGCUGCGUCGUCCAACAUGUCUCCUGGUGAGCAGACGCUCAUCCAGACGCUGCUGAAAAAGUCGGUCGACGAGCUCAAGGACUCGCUCCGCCACAACCAUCAGUUGCUCACUGGCAGCAAGAGUGAUCUUGCGGCGCGUGUUGCCGAUGGCAUGCUGCGUGGCGCACUGCCUAAAUGCCCGAGCUGCAACCACGGUCAACUCCAUCUCUCGUCGCAGGGAUCCGUGUACUGCCGAGGGUAUUUUGUCGAGGAUACUGACUUCCACCGAUGCGACUUUGUCGCAGAUUCCGUUCCGCGCCUGCCCUGGCAAACCAAGUAGUCGGGUGUGACUGCCUCAAAAAAAAAAAACAAAAAAAAAAACGAUUGUUCUGCUCCCGUCGGCUCGUCUUACUCCGGCCCCAAUCCUUCUGUCGGGUGUUCGCUCUGGUGCUGAGCUGUUUCCGCCUUCUCUUCAGCUCGCCACUCUCGCUCUCGUAUCACGUUUCUCUUCUUCCUUUCUUUUUUUUGCGUCUUUUUUUUUCCGCUUGUUGCUGGCUUUGAGCCCGUUCGUCGCUUGUUCUUGUGUUUUGAAUUGUAACUCGAAGCUGAUGUCUUGUGCUGUUAUUGUCGGUUUGCUCGUGGAUUGCUCCCUUGCGUUCGCGGAUCAGCUCUCGCGCUCACAUGGUGUUAUCGCUCUUUCUCUUCAUCCCUCUCCUUUCACAUCCACUUUUUUUUGUCGUUGCUGCUUGCUGUUGUUAUUGUUCUUCGUUGCAUAAAUGUCCGUGAUGGGCGUUUCUA